ACAGUCAGCAGCACGCCACGAUGGAGCUUGUUCAUGUUGCUGUGGUUGUGUUGAGUCUUCUGUCUGCUGGCCAGUCAUCUCCUGUGACCAGCUGUGAAAGUCUAACCCAACCUCUUGAUUUCCAAGGAAGAGAUCAGCUGCUGGGAAGAUGGACGUACUUAGGAGAAAGCACAGACAUGCUUGGAACCAGAGCAUUGACAAAGAUGUUUAUGGAGACCUCCUGGCUGAACUUCACUGCUGGUGACAACAGUGAUACGAUCAAUACUUUUCAGAGUCAAAAAAUGUUGGGCCUUUGUUUCAGUGUCUCUUACAAACACACCUUGAAAAACAACACUCUCAGUAUGGUGCAACCUUACUCUGGUUCUGGUAUCCUGCUGAAUACCGGCUGUCCUGACUGUCUUGUUCUGUAUUCAAAUUACACCAUUGGACAAAGCUCAUACAAAGUUCUCCAGCUCCUGAGUAAGAGAGCUAAGGUGUCGGCUGCUGAGCUGGAAGAGUUUAAAAAACAAGCAGAGUGCCUGAGCUUAUCAUCACCUGUUUUCCUGGAUUCAGAAAAAGGUUUCUGCUCAGAUGAGUCUGUUUCCCAACAAAAAACCAUUGACCUCAGUGAUACCAUGAACAACAUAACCUCCGAUCAACUGAGCCAACUGGACAAGAUUCUUAGAAGUCAAGGUGGAGUGAAGACACUCAUGGAAAUGCUCACCAGCGCUGUUGGUCAAAUAAAUCCUAAUUAACACAAUCACAAAUGUUAUGCAGUGCUUACAUAAUGAAAAGCCACAUCUAUAAAGAUGCAAAAUACAUAUGAAGCAUAUCUGUUGCUCUUGUGUGUCAUAUUUCAGAAAUAAGACAUAAAGAUCUGUCUUUUUGCUUUACUUUCACUGACAUUGAGAAUCUUUGCUAUAAAAUUGUGAAUGCAAGACUUGAACAGUACGAAUAACAGUAGGUAGGUAUAAUUUCAUUUAAGCCUCAGAAUGUUAGUGGACCAUCUCUUUUCAAUUUUCAACCUCACAUUUUAGGUCUGCUUCUGAAGUGUUUGGCUGGUGCAUCAAAUUAGGUUUUUUUUGUACCCGGUGGGGGAAUAGAUUAUCCAGCAGUGACAUACAUUUAAUGCACACAGAUACAACACAGGACAGCUAAACACACAAUAAGAUGUUCAGGUAAAAAUAGAGAAAAUCUAAACAUUCUGCAAAUAGUUAUCUUUUUCCUGUGUGAGAUUUCACUUCUGUCUGAGUCAUAACUAGUGUGACCCUGAAACACAAACCCCGACCAGGUAAAUAAGCAAACUUAUUGACGUUGGGCAAACACAGAUUUGAACUUUGUAUCUACCUUUUUUAGCAGCAUGUCUUUGUGUGCUCCCGAGAGCUUGUUCUCAUAUUAACUACCACCACCUUGUUGUAAACUGACUGUCUUCUGUUCAAGUUAUUAAAUAAGAUGAUAACAAUGAUAAUGACAAUGGUCACUGAGCUAAACAAACAAUAAAACACAGUAUUUCAUA